AUGUCUGAAGAGAUAGAAAUAUACAAAAAAAUAGUUAAUUAUAAAGAUAUAAAAUUUGUGCAAGUCAAAGUCAUAAAAACUGUAUUGCAAAAAAACAAAAAAUAUAAUAAUCUUGCAAAAAACUAUGAAGACUAUCUAAAGAAACUGCAAGCUGAAAAGAAUCCUAAUGACUAUAUUAAAACAGUUGCAAUUAAGAUGUUUUUUAAUAAAGAAGUAAAAAAUCAUGAAAAAUCUGAUGAAGAAGUAGAAUAG